AUGAAUUAUGGUUUUGAGAAAGAGAAGUAUUGUUAUAAUUAGAAAUUUGGUUGUGGAUUUGAACCAGACUAUAGAUUAGUUUUGUUGGAAUAAGAAAAAGCACCCAGAGUUUAAUAAAGGGAAGAAGGUUUUUUUGAAAUUUUAGCCAUGAUCCAGGGUGUUGAUUAAUAAUUAUUCAAGUAGAUUAUAGAAAUACUUAGAGAAGAGAAAAUUCAGAAUGUACUUGAAUUUCUUUCAGAAAAUUAUAAAUAAAAGCUUAAAAAAUAUUUAACAAUUAAGGCAAAGAAUUAAAGCAAUGUUAAAAAAAAAAUAAUGAAAAUAAAUAAUACUUUAGGGAAAAUUUUAAAUGAUCCCUUUAGUGAAAAUGACUAUUCUUAAGAAAACUAUAGAGAGUCAAUUUAAAAUCUAAUCAAUAAGAUUAGAGGAAAAAAGGAGAUUAUUGAGUUUUUAAAAUUUUUAGUCCACCUUACAGCUAUUGAUGAAAAAUUCAUUUAAUCUGGUUCUAACGGACUACAUUUAUUAGUAUGUAUGAAGGUUGAUCUGUAGAACCAAUGUUUUGAGAAUAUAAGGAUCAAGAAUACUUCUUUAAUAGGAGGCAAUUUUGUAAGAUGCAAUUUCAGUGGAUCUUAAUUUGACGAUGUUGAUAUAAGUGGAAUAAAUCUAAAUGGAGCAUAAUUAUUUAAUUGCUAAUGGAAAAAAUUAAAAAUCACUUAGCUAUUUAAAUAAGAUAUUGAUACUCAUUAUGUUCAAUCUAUUUGUUUAUCUCCUGAUGGUGCUACAUUAGCAUCUAGUAGUAUUGAUAAUUCUAUCCGUUUUUGGGAUGUUAAUACAGGUUAAUAAAAAGCUAAACUUGAUGGUCAUGUUGGUGGAAUAAACUCAAUAUGCUUUUCUCCUGAUGGCACUAUAUUAGUAUCAGGUAGUAAUGAUAAUUCAAUUCGUUUAUGGGAUGUUAAAACAAAAAAAAAAAAAGCCUAAUUUGAUGGUCAUAGUAGCGCUGUUAAUUCAUUAUGCUACUCUCCUAAUGGCGAUAUAUUAGCAUCUGGUAGUAAUGAUAAUUCAAUCCGUUUUUGGGAUGUGAAGAAAAGAUAAUAAAAAGCCAAAUUAGAUGGUCAUAGUGGUAGAGUAAACUCAAUAUGCUUUUCUCCUGAUGGUGUUACAUUAGCGUCUGGAAGUGCAGAUAACUCAAUCCUUAUAUGGGAUGUUAAGACAGGUUAAUAACAAGCUAAACUUGAUGGUCAUAAUAGUGGAGUAAACUCGAUAUGCUUUUCUCCUGAUGGCACUAUAUUAGCAUCAGGUAGUAAUGAUAAUUCAAUUCGUUUAUGGGAUGUUAAAACAAAAAAAAAAAAAGCCUAAUUUGUUGGUCACAGUGAUUGGGUCCAAUCUGUAUGCUUCUCUUUCGAUGGUACAACAUUAGGAUCUGGUAGUUAUGAUCAAUCAAUUCGUUUAUGGGAUGUUUAGACAGGAUAAUAAUAAGUUAUAUUAGAAAGUCAUGUACAUUAUGUCCAGUCAGUAUGCUUUUCUUCUGAUUGUAAAACAAUAGCAUCUGGUAGUGCAGAUAACUAAAUUUUUUUAUGGGAUGUUAAGACAAGGAAAUAAAAAGCCAAAUUGAAUGGUCUUAGUGAUGGAGUUAACUCAAUAUGCUAUUCUCCUGAUGGUACCACAUUAGCGUCCGGUAGUGCAGAUAACUCAAUCCGUUUAUGGGAUACUAAGACAGGAUAAUUAUAAGCCAAAUUGGAUGGUCAUAGUAAUGGGGUUAACUCGAUAUGCUUUUCUCCUGAUGGUAACACCUUAGCAUCUGGUAGUGCAGAUAACUCAAUCCGUUUAUGGGAUAUUAAAACAGGAUAAUAAUAAGCCAUAUUGAAUGGUCAUCGUAAUAGGGUUAAUUCAAUAUGCUUUUCUCCUGAUUUUACCACAUUAGCAUCUGGUAGUGCGGAUAACUAAAUCCGUUUAUGGGAUAUGAAGACAGGAUAAUAAUAAGCCAUUUUGGAUGGUCAUAGUAAUGGGGUUAACUCAAUAUGCUUUUCUCCUCAUGGUACCACAUUAGCAUCUGGAAGUGCGGAUAAAUCAAUCCUAAUAUGGGAUGUUAAGACAGGAUAAUAAUAAGCCAAAUUGAUUGGUCAUAGUGAUGGAGUUAACUCAAUUUGCUUUUCUCCUGAUGGCACUACAUUAGCAUCUGGUAGUAGAGAUAAGACUAUCCGUUUAUGGAAUGUUAAAACAGAAUAAUAAAGAGCCUAAUUAGCUGGUCAUAGCCAUUAAGUCCAAUCAGUCUGCUUCUCACCUGAUUUUACUACAUUAGUAUCUAGUUGUGGAGAUAAGCAUAUCAUUAUAUGGGAUGUCAAGUCAGGAUAACAAAAAGCCAAAUUAGAGGGUUAAAACGAAUAUUUUGGAUCAGUAUGCUUUUCUCCUGAUGGUACUACAUUAGCAUCCGGAAGUUCAUAUAAUUAAAUCCGUUUAUGGGAUAUUAAGACAAGAUAAUAAUAAGCUGCCGCGGAUGCUAAUAGUAAUAGAAUCAGCUCGAUAUGCUUAUCUCCUGAUGGUACUACAUUAGCAUCCGGCAGUUUAGAUAACUAAAUUCGUUUAUGGGAUGUUGAGACAGGAUAAUUAAAAGCUAAAUUAGAUGGUCACACCAAUCCUGUAAUUUAAGUAAGCUUUUCUCCUGAUGGUACUACAUUAGCAUCUGGUAGUUCAGAUAAUUCAAUAUGUUAUUGGAAUGUUUAGACAGGCAAAUAAAUACUUCUGUCAGAUAAACUCUAUAACGUUAAAUUAGCAGAAUUUCCAAGUCCAUUGUUUUCAAACAAUACAUUUCCAUAAAGUAUUAAUUAUUUUUAUAUAUCUUAGUCGCAACAAGAAUUACUAUUCAUGUACUAUGCUAAACACCUAUUUUUUAAGCUUAAGGUGCUUUGAUUCUCAAUGGACAAUUUGUAAAUGAAUAAGGUAAAGAUUUACUACAAUUAUUCAAAUCUAAAGAAAGUUAAAUUUUAGAUAACAAAGUUAAAAUAUCAUAAAGGAUAUAUGAAAUCUGA